GUCUUCUGAAUUCACUUCCAGCGGCGAAGUAUUACUCGGUAAGUAACGUGACGAAGUGGUUGUGCAUUCUGGGACUAAACACGUCCGACGAAAACGAAUAAUUGCUGUGUCAGCGUUCUCACAGUGAUAAAUCGAGGACAUGGUUGACUACAAAAGCAAUCAUACAGCCGUACUCACGGAUGUCACAGACGCUGAACUUUCCCGUCAACCUACCUCGAACAAUCAUGAUGAGAGAUCGGAACCUGGUGGUUGGACUAUUAUACUCGUUCUCGCAGGUGUUACUAGUUGCCUUGGAUCAGCAGUUCCAGCAGGAUUUAACAUAGGAGUAGUAAAUAAUGCAGUUCAUUUGAUAACAAGGUUUUGCAAUGAAAGUAUUAGAGAAAGAUACGAUGUCGAUAUUUCCGAUAAUGGUCUAAGAGUAAUAUGGUCUGUCGUUGUUUCAAUUUUUCUUAUUGGUGGUGUAACUGGCUCGUUUCUUGCCAGUUGGUUAGCAGAUAGAUAUGGUAGAAAAAAGACACUUUACAUUGGAAACAUAUUUGGCAUUAUAGGAGCUGUAAUGUUUUUCUUAGUGCGUUUGUUAAAUUCAAUUGAACUACUUUUAGUAGGUCGAUUAAUUGUGGGUCUCUCUGGAGGUGUCGCUACAUGUGUAGUACCAAUGUACAUGGCAGAAAUAGCACCUCUCAGAUUGAGAGGUGCUGUUGGCGUCCUCUGUCAAUUAGGACUUACAUGUGGAGUGUUUUUAGGCCAAAUUGCAGGACUCGAUACAGUUCUAGGAACUGAAACUUCUUGGCCAUUUAUGUUAGGAUUAUUUAUUCCGCUAUGCGUGUGUGCCUUAGUACUUACAAUUGUUGUUUUACCAGAAAGUCCCAAGUAUUUGUUUAUAAUUAGAGAGCAGAAACAAAAGGCUUUGGACGAACUCAGGAGGAUACGUAAUAUGGACACAAUGCUUCUACAAACGGAAAUUUCGAAUUUAAACCAAGAAAUAGAGAAGAAAACAACAUCUGAACCUUGGACUAUCAAACGCAUAAUGAUGGAUCCCAGUUUGAGGCUCCCUUUAUUUUUAGUUUGUCUAAUACAAUUUGGACAACAAAUGAGUGGUAUAAAUGUUAUUUUUUACUAUUCAAACUCUAUAUUUCAUGAUGCUGGACUUGGUACUGCUGGAGCGCAAUAUGCUACUCUUGGAACUGGUGUGAUUAAUAUUGUUAUGGCUCUUGUUUCUGUACCAGUAAUGUCAUCUUUAAACAGGAGAUGUGUCUUCCUUAGUAGUAAUUAUUUAUGUUUUGGAUGUUUGGUGAUUUUAUGUAUUUCCAUCCAAUUAAUUCGUGUAUCAUCGUGUAUGCCAUUUGUGUGUAUAGUAUCUAUACUGGCUUAUGUGUUAUUUUAUGGAAUUGGUCUCGGUCCAAUACCAUACUUUAUUGGAUCUGAAUUAUUCGACGUUGGCCCCAGACCAAUAGCUAUGGCACUUGGCAGUGUCUUUAAUUGGGGUGGAAAUUUUUUAGUUGGAAUGAUGUUUCCAAUAAUAGAUCUGAUUAUAGGAGCAUACACUUUCUUAAUAUUUGCUGGAUUUCUUUUAAUUUUAGGACAAGUUAUUAGGAUAUAUUUACCUGAGACCAGAGGUAGGAGUACGAUGGAGAUCGCGUCAUCCAUAAGUCAAGGUUUUAAGUCCAGACCAAAUGAAACGUAAAUUGAACACUAUAAUUUUACAUAAUAUACAUAUAAUUAUAUGGAUAAUAACAUAUGUAUAAUAACAUAUAAUUAUACAGUGCACUAUAA